CCGAUGCUUCCUAUCUCCACCUUAGAAGCCUCCUAGAAACCUCUUUUCAAUCCUCAAAUUUCCACUCUUUAUAACCAGCCCUCAAGACACUCACUUUUUUCCACUCAACUCAAUAUCCCCUCCCCUCAAACACACAGAAAAUAUUCCUCUCCAAUACCCUUUUAAAUUCUACAUAAAUGGGUUCCCCACAAGAGAAUUGCUCAUUUGAUAUGAUUAGGCAGCAUCUUGAUGAUAUUUCUUUGAUGGAAUAUUAUUGCCCCGAAAAUACCCUUUAUUCUCAAAGUUGUGAAUCUCUGGACCAGACUUCUGUCUCCUUUGAAACAUCUUCGAAUCUUGAUGAUAUCUCAAGCUUCUUUAGUAGCUCAAAAACAGACUUUGGUUGCUUCGAAUUUGAGACAAAACCAAUUACGUCAGCUGCUACUAGUAUCAGUUCGAAUUCUCCGAAAAAGAGGAGUUUCAACGAACGCAAGCCAUCUCUGAAUAUAGCAGUACCCGUGAAGCCUGUUGUUGUUCAGAAAGUGGAAGUCGUCAGGGAGAAGAAGCAUUACAGGGGAGUUAGGCAGAGGCCGUGGGGGAAGUUCGCGGCGGAGAUUCGUGACCCUAACCGAAAGGGCACUCGGGUUUGGUUAGGAACCUUCGAUACAGCAGUGGAUGCGGCUAAGGCAUAUGAUAGGGCGGCGUUUAAACUUAGAGGCAGCAAAGCAAUACUGAAUUUUCCUCUUGAAGUUGCUAACUUCAAGCAACAGAAUAGUACUGUUGAGGUUCCACAGCAGGUGAACUCAUCAGGCAGUAAAAGAGCCAGAGAAAAGGAGGAAUUAGCAAUUAACAAGGAAAUGAAGAUAGAAGAAGAAGAAAGAGUAGCCCAAACAGCUCCAUUAACUCCGUCAAAUUGGUCGACGAUUUGGGACAGUGGAAAUGGAAAGGGCAUUUUUGAGGUGCCACCACUAUCACCAUUGUCUCCACAUAUGAGUUAUUCUCAGCUUGUCAUGAUAUAAACAAAGGACAACUACUAAUAAUUUGGGAUGUUAGUGUUUGAUAAAUAUGCACCUGACUGUAAAGAAAGUCUGAGGUGAAGUUUUUCUAGAAUUAGUGUUACGAUUCAAUAGAAAAUUGAAAAGAGAGGAUGUGUAUCUGGACCUUGAAUCUUUAGUAAUUUCAUUUAUUAAGCCUUAUUUAAUGUAAAUACGCAAUCAGUGUAACAUGUGUUCAUUUGAUCUUUUAUUAUAUAUUUAUAAUACCGAUAUAUGAAAGCAGACAUUUAUAUGAAGCAGAUUGUUUU